AUGAGAUCCACCAACGACUUCAGAGCAUCCUCGUCGACCCUCUCGGGGGCUCCGAGUUUGACCAUGAGCAAGCCGAGUCUAAACAACAGCAAGGCAAGCCUAACGCACAGCAGACAGAGCCUGAACGAAUCGAAUCGGGAAGAUCGGCCACCGACGCGCGAGGAACUUAUCUCCGAGUUCCUGGACAAGGCGAAAUUCUACACAUCACUCUGUCUAGGAACGACCGCGAUUCUGUCGGUGUUUGCAUUUCUCUUUCUGAUCCCGUUCGUGGUGGAUCCCGCGAUCUCGACCAUCGUCGCGGACUACGAUCCCAUCCCAGUGACGUGCAUCGUGACGGACCAUACCUACGCCGAGGGUAUGCGCAACUGCACGUGGAGCUCGUGCCGGGAGGGCUGCACAACGGCGGCCAUCCGGUGUCACCAGUUGCUUGUAAAUUACACCAAAAUAGCGUUCCACGAGUGGCACCAGCAUCCGCGGGAGCUCGACAGCAUAGACUGGGACGUCAUGGACACCAAGUUCCUCGUCAACACCGAGGGUUGCGGCUACCCACCGCGGGUGAACUGUACGGAGUUUGCAAACCAGUACGGUUACACGCAUGUCGGAGAACCGUUCCCCUGCUACUACAGCCGUGCCUAUCCGGAGAUAGUGGUCGCCCGCUACUCCUGGGAUGACAAUCUGAAGCACCUGAUACUGUCGCUGAUCAUCCCGAACGUGCUGUUCGCCGUAUCGAUCGGUGUGCUGAGCUACUGGUACUGUCCUUGCUGUGAUAAAGCCUGCCACAAGUCGCCUCGGGUCUACGCGGAGAAGUAUCCUACGAAAGAGAACAAACUUCUAUGCCGUAGUGACGAUGAGGAAGACGAACUAGACUACUGAAAACAAGAAACAAAAAACUUCCCCAUACACAAGAAAAAAAACAUGUUCACAUUUUUAUCACACAGCAGCAAAUUGCAGCCUCCGAGUAUUUUUACGUUUUGUUUUGUCUGUUCUGAAAGUACACUUCACUGCAGUACACCCAGCAAUCUUAUCACCAC